AUGAAAGUCUACGAAAGCUCCUUCAACUACGAUUACACCUUCCCUGCUGUUACACUAGCAUAUUUCCUCCGCUACCCGAAUCCUUACUCUAGGCAUGUCUUGAGCUCGGAUGUCAUCGAUCGCCAUGUCGAUCCCGAAACGCAUCGAUUACACACUGUCCGACUACAUCUGAAAAAGUCAAAGGUGCCUGCAGGUAUUCUCAAGUUUCUCCCUCGAGGCCUCGCAGGUCCUGGUGGCGCAAGCCAGAGUUAUAUCUUAGAGAAAACCACGAUUGACAUCAAAGAGGGAUGGAUGGAGACCGAAUCAAAAAAUAUGGAGUGGACUGGUGUAUUGAGCGUUGUUGAGCGCCAAACCUUUCGACGUCAACGACUGGAGGAUCUGGCCGCAAGUCCGAGAGACGACCUUGAGCGAGCAAAAGAGACCACCUCAUGCAGGACUGUGGUGACAUUUGUAUCCAACCUUGGCCAAGGCAAGCUCCUAAGCUGGAGGCACAAAGACAACCCGCAUGAGGCUCACGAGGAAGAGCCUCCGAAACAAGGAUUUUUCGCUUCCUUGUCCACGGCUGGCAUUCAACGCACCGUUGAACUCAUUGGGGUCAAAAGGACAAAGUCGGCUUUGGUGAAUGGCAAAGAGGGAAUGAACGUGGUUUUGGAGAGACUCAGAAGUGGUGGCAUCAUUGGGGUUCUUGAAGGCAUGAGAAGAGAUCGCAUGGAAUCGAUGGCUGGAGAAGGACAUUGA